AUAUACAGAUACAUACAGAGAAAGAAAGAGGAAAUCUAAGCAGCAAAAAAAAAUGGCGAAAUCGAGUGCUGAUGACGAGGAAUUGAGGAGAGCUUGUGAAGAAAGCACUAAACAGAAGAUCUUUAUGUCUAUCAGAGUUGCUAAAAGCCGUGGGAUCUGGGCUAAAACUGGCAAAUUAGGUCGUACUCAUACAGCUAAACCUCGUGUUAUCGCCAUUUCAACAAAAGCAAAAGGUCAACGGACUAAAGCUUUUCUCCAUGUGUUAAAAUAUUCCACUGGAGGAGUUCUUGAGCCUGCAAAAUUGUACAAGCUUAAGCAUCUGUCGAAGGUGGAGGUUGUAACUAAUGAUCCAAGUGGAUGUACAUUUAUGCUGGGCUUUGAUAAUCUCAGAAGUCAAAGUGUCGCUCCACCUCAGUGGACAAUGCGUAAUGUGGAUGAUAGGAACCGCGUAUUGCUUUGUAUUCUAAGCAUCUGUAAAGAUGUUUUGGGUCGUCUCCCCAAGGUCGUCGGCAUUGAUGUGGUGGAGAUGGCUCUUUGGGCAAAGGAAAAUACUCCAACAUUUACCAAACAACAUACUAAUCUUCAAGAUGGGCCUGUCAGUGCUGCUGUGGAAGAACGUGAGAUGAAAGUAACUGUUGAAAGGGAACUUGUGUCUCAGGCAGAGGAAGAAGACAUGGAGGCUCUUUUAGGCACUUAUGUAAUGGGUAUUGGUGAAGCUGAGGCCUUCUCAGAGCGGUUAAAGCGAGAGGUUCAAGCGUUGGAAGCUGCGAAUGUGCAUGCCAUUUUGGAGAAUGAGCCAUUAAUUGAUGAGGUAUUGCAGGGGCUUGACGCAGCCACCAGCUGUGUUGAAGAUAUGGAUGAAUGGUUGAGCAUCUUCAACUUAAAGCUAAGACACAUGAGAGAAGACAUUGAAUCAAUAGAGAGCCGCAACAACAAGCUAGAAAUGCAAUCAGUAAACAACAAAGCAUUGAUUGAGGAACUUGAUAAGCUUCUUGAGAGAUUGCGUAUACCCUCUGAGUAUGCAGCAUCUUUAACAGGUGGUUCAUUUGAUGAAGCAAGAAUGCUUCAAAACAUUGAGGCUUGUGAAUGGUUAACUAAUGCUUUACGUGGUCUUGAGGCUCCUAAUUUGGACCCUAGCUAUGGAAACAUGAGAGCUGUAAAGGAGAAACGAGCAGAGCUUGACAAGUUGAAAACGACGUUUGUUCGAAGAGCAUCUGAAUUCUUGAGAAACUAUUUUACCAGUUUGGUGGAUUUUAUGAUAAAUGAUAAGAGUUACUUUUCUCAGCGUGGACAAUUGAAGAGGCCUGACCAUGCUGAUCUUAGAUACAAGUGCAGGACAUAUGCUCGUCUUUUGCAGCAUUUGAAGAGUCUUGACAAGAAUUGCUUGGGCUCUUUAAGAAAAGCUUAUUGUACAUCCCUUAAUUUGCUCUUGCGCCGCGAGGCUCGUGAGUUCGCGAAUGAGCUCCGUGCCAGUACAAAGGCGUCAAGAAAUCCAACUGUAUGGCUUGAAGGUUCGAUGGGUUCGAAUCAAAGUGUGAAUAGUGCAGACACUUCAACAGUUUCAGAUGCUUAUGCUAAAAUGCUGACAAUAUUUAUUCCUCUUCUUGUGGAUGAGAGUUCUUUCUUUGCUCACUUCAUGUGCUUUGAAGUUCCUGCACUCGUUCCACCAGGAGGUCUUGCUAAUGGCAAUAAAAGUGCUCAUGAUGAGGAUGAUGUAGAUUAUGAUGAUUUGGGCAUUAUGGAUAUUGAUGAGAAUGACAACAAAGCUGGUAAAAAAACUGGUGAGCUAGAGGCACUGAAUGAAUCACUUCAUGAUUUACUUGAUGGAAUACAAGAAGACUUCUAUGCGGUGGUGGAUUGGGCAUACAAGAUUGAUCCUUUGCGCUGCAUAUCAAUGCAUGGAAUAACUGAACGUUAUAUUUCAGGUCAGAAGGCUGAUGCUGCAGGAUUUGUGCGCAUCUUGCUUGAUGACUUGGAAUCUAGAAUUUCAAUGCAGUUCAGUCGGUUUGUCGAUGAAGCAUGUCAUCAAAUUGAAAGAAAUGAGCGAAAUGUUCGACAGUUGGGAGUCUUGUCAUAUAUACCAAGAUUUGCCACGCUUGCAACCCGUAUGGAGCAGUACAUCCAAGGACAAUCAAGAGAUUUGGUUGACCAGGCGUACACAAAGUUUGUCACUACAAUGUUCCUUACUUUGGAUAAAAUUGCUAAAGCAGACCCAAAAUAUGAAGACAUUAUGCUUUUAGAAAACUAUGCAGCAUUUCAGAAUAGUCUUUAUGACCUGGCUAAUAUGGUGCCGACAUUAGCGAAAUUCUAUCAUGACGCCAGUGAAAAUUAUGAACAAGCUUGCACACGCCAUAUCAACGUGAUUAUCUUCUAUCAAUUUGAGCGACUUUUUCAGUUCGUUCGAAGAAUCGAGGAUUUGAUGUACACAAUCCCUCCUGAAGAGAUUCCAUUCCAACUUGGGCUGUCAAAGAUGGAUCUUAGGAAGGUGGUAAAGUCCAGUUUAUCUGGGGUGGAUAAGUCCAUCAGUGCAAUGUAUAAGAGAUUGCAGAAGAACUUAACUUCGGAGGAGUUGCUGCCUUCAUUAUGGGAUAAAUGCAAGAAGGAAUUCUUGGACAAGUACGACAGUUUUGCCCAGCUUGUAUCCAAGAUUUACCCCAGUGAGAACGUCCCAUCUGUAUCAGUAAUGCGCGAUCUCUUGGCAGCCAUGUAAAGAAGCUUUUUGCUCUAGUGAAUUGUGAGUUCGAUUCUAGUUUAGUUGUUCGGUAAAUGGGAUUGUAGAGUAUGUCUUCUGUUGUCAAUUUGUUUUCUGUAGAGCAUUUGCGUGUAUCAUCCUUACCAGCUAUGUUUUGUAAUGUUUAUUUUAAGCUACCAUGUUAGCUAUCCAAGAACUUGUCCAAGUGUAAUUGUGAAGAAAGAAAUAUUUCAAGCCACUACAUAUAAAUUCAUCCGUUAGAUAUUAAAGAAAAGUUUUGAUCAA